AUGUACUCAGGAUUUUCCCAUUUUUAUUUCCAAAAGUUCCCGAUGGGUCACUCUGAGUCGAAAGGUGCAAAAAAGCGAGAGAAGAGCGCAGGGGGUAACGGUAACGGCAAACCGAGUCGAGGAGUGGCCACGUCAUUUGGCUUUCGAAGACGUCCAGCUUCGUCUUCCAGGGCAGACGACAACUCGCGCCGGAAGCAAAAGGCACAGGACAAAAAUGGGAAUGGAGGUUCGUCAGAGGACUUGCGACCUGAGGAGGUGUUAUCCGGUCGGUCCACACCUCUGGCCAGACCACGUAAGGAAACUGCUGGACAACCUUUACGGUCAAACAGGUUCGGUUUCAGGCAACAGCACACGAAGACGGCCAAGGUAUCUGACGUGAGCUUGCCCGCAGAGCCGGCCUUCGGCGCCACGCAUAAGGAUAAGGAAACUGCCAUCAACAACAACGGUUUAGAUAAGAAAUCUUCAAAUACGGGAUACAAUCAGCUCCCACUUCUUGCGACGCAGGUGUCGUCAACGGGAGUAACUACGAUCGUUGGCGCUGCCGGCGUGCCUAAGACCGUUACCAAGCAAACCGUCAUCUUGACAUAUCAACCUCAGCAGCUAUCGUCACAGGACGGUCGGCAAAAGAACGUGCGAAUUGACCAAGCACCUGGUAGAGGAACAUCCGCGUCACGAGUCCAACCGGAAGUUGCAAGACCUCCUGGGAAAUAUACCUUCCAGACCACACAGCUACCGAGACCGCAGUACCCUGCUGUCAAAAAUAUUGACGCUAAAACUACUAAACAGGUGGUGAAUAGUACAAGGAAGUCGGGUGUGUCGGAUGGAUGGAGGGAAGGAGCAGCGUCAGCAGUUUCCACAGAUUCCGGUGUGUGGACUGGUGGUGAAGGCGUAGCGGGUGAGGGCUCCCCACGUGCUCGGCGACGUCCACGCAACUUGGAAAUGGUCAUGCGCACCGCGCACAGUUUCCAUCUUAGAGAGCUCCAAGUUGCUGAUUUAGACAUAAUGGAUGAAGCUGUAGUGACCGGUCAUGCAGUAAUUCCUCUACCAAAGCUACCAAGUUCCUUCGACGACGAGCUAAGUCCUGAGUAUGAGGUGACACCGGUACCGACCUACAAACCACCAUCACCCUUGCUGCCCAAAACAUCGCCAGUGACUGAGUCGCAGAGACAAGCCUCUCCUAUGUCGACGUUGGAGAGAUACAGGAAUAGGAACCGACCUACGUUGAUACAAACGAACAUGGAUGAGGAAAAGUUUGUGCUGGAUAGGUCACAACCUGAGAAACUUAACAAGCAGAACUCCUUCGUGAAGUCAUCAAGCGGAGUGGUGUCGCCAACAACUUUGAAUUCGAGCAAGGAGUCUAGUCCAUCAUGCAAGAGUGAGGAGAGUCACUUUGGCAACAGCAGUGCUUGGCAAAGCCACGCCGCAGGAGAAGCUAUGGCUACAAGAUCACAAGACGAUGUGUCCUUAGCGCUAAGCGUAUCGAGCUGUGAGGACGAAAAAUCUAAACUAGUAGACAACAAAGAACCACCGAAUAUAAUGGAGCAGAAAAUACCGCAGAAGACCAUCGUGAUCGUAGACGAGCCUCCUGUGCCCCAUCCACUGCUCAUGAAGUCGCUUACCUUAAGCCAGCAUGAUUCACUACGUGGGACUAUGAUGGGUUCAAUGACAAGUUCAAACUACAGUACGACAAGUACCUGCACAAACCAGAGCGGAGACCAUCACAACUUAACCCUCACACUCGAAGAAUCAAAGUUCGACAUGUCCGCUCUUGAAACUUCUACACAAAGCAUGUUGGAUGAUGAGACAUCACCAGCCGACAGCUUAAUAUCAUCCACUAGUGCCAGUGAUUCGAAUAAUGAAUUGCAAGUGGAAAGAGACGCACCGUCGAUAAGCUCUGCCUACCAAACGGCGAAUACUAAAACCAGAUCACCGGAACCAGUUGUUGAAGAUCACGAUGCUGUUGAUAGUGAAGUAUUGCAACCUGUUAAGGAAAUCAUCACCUCACCAAGGAUCGGUCAGAAAGAUAGUAAGAAUCCUAGUCCUGAAUCUCCUGGAACUCCAACACAUGCAUCUGGCUCCCUCUCGUUGUCUGAUGGACGGGACUUCUUUGACGACGAGAUAGCUGACCAACCAGCAUUGUUGUUCAGAAAAAAUACAGAAGAUGGCAGCCCAUCUAGUAAAGUAGAAUCAGAAGCAAGCAAGCACUUGCGUCGAUCAAGAGAACGACUGACGUCCAGCCCCCUCGUUCAAAGGAAUCGCAAAUUGUGCAGUUUACGAAAUGGUGGUGCUGAGAGGACGCCGUCACUAGAUACGCUCUCUAGUCUGGCGUCAGAUGAUCUCAUGAUGGAGAAUGAUCUAGGACAAUCCAUUACUAGUCUUCAAAGUGUUGAUGAUUACAUUGAGAGGUUGGACAGCUCCCUCCGUAGUGGCCUCAAUUCUCUAGAUGAGAGGCAGCUUCGCCAGGAACUAUCCUCUUCAAAAAAUGCAGUGAGACAAUGGAGCCAGCUGUUAGAACAAAACAACAUGCUGGACCGUCAACUUGCGGCUAUGGCGCAAGGGAAACAAGACUCGCUUACAGCCAGCAAUAAUAGUCUUUCUAACAUCGGGUAA